AUGGAUGAAAUAAAGACAUACGAAUUGUCGGACCUCGACAAACUGGGUUUCACUAAGACGGUGAAAGUUUUCAUUUGCUAUGAGCUUCAGCCCACUGCUCAUCCAGACGAGUUGAUUUCCUCCAUCCUGGAAGGGGUGAGAAAUGCAACUCGUCAAUUUCCGUUCAUGGCAGGAAUUUUGGAAUUUCAGCAAUCUGGAAAGCUUUGCAUUGUGGUAUCUCCACAAAGUCAGGUGGAAGUUAACGUCCGACGAUUUGGAUCCACAGAGCAUAAGCCUUUCUCCGUCUUGGCCAAGAAUUCAUUCUCCUUAAAUGAUCUGGACUUUAUCCAGCUUCUGCCUGAAGAGGUAAACGGCAAAAAUACUGUCUGCGCCCUGCAACUGAGUCUUAUUCAGGGUGGUCUAAUCCUGGGCUUCCGAAUGAACCAUGCUGCUGGGGACUGGGCGUCAAUCGAUAUAUUCUUGUCUCUUGUUUGUCAAAGCACCAAGGCCUACCGAGAUGGCCUGGAGGCUCCCAAAUACACUCCGGACCUGAACAGGGCUCCGUACAAUACUCCAGCACCGGACCCAUCCGUCUCGAGGCAAGCUUUACUAGAAAGGCUGCCAAUGUUUCAUGUCAUGGACAAGAGCGAAUUUAAGCUCCCUCCGCCACUGCCACCCUUUCAGUCAAAGAUAUACAAGAUCAAUGAGCGAAUUAUUCAACAACUCAAAGUGCGCUGUGCUCCGUUCCUGGGCGAAGUUGACUACGUUACCUCCUACGACUACAUCGCUGCCCUCACCUGGAGGUCAAUCACACGUGCCCGGCUUCAACUUCACCCGGAUAAGGUCAUCUCGCCAUCCCGCUUCAUUCACCCCAUCGAUGUCCGUACCAGAGACACAGAGAAUAGGACAACCAAGAACUACUUUGGCAACGCUGUUGUUGGGUGCCAAGUAGGUCCUGUAACUGCGCAAGAACUGGUAUCAGACGGGGACAAGGAGUUUGCAACUGCAGCAACUCUUAUGCGCAAGUCUAUAUCUACAGUUAGCCUGUCCACAGUCGGGCAUAUGACCUCUCUCAUUGGAUCACUCUCCCCAACGGAAACACUGGGCAGCCGGGCAGAUUUCUCCGACUUGGACGUUUUUAUGAACUCCUGGUAUUCAGGCAAGGCAGAGAAUUAUGAUAUUGGAGCUGGCUCGGUUCCACUCGCGGUUAGACUUGAUGCAAGCAUGGCAGGAGCUUGCGCGAUGAUUUUGCCAAACUUCUCGUGUGGAAAGGAGAGGCUUUUCGAGGUCUUUGUGCAGUUGCCGGUCGAGGAACAUGAUUUACUUCGGAAAGACGCAGAAUUCUCGAAGUAUUUUGAGCUAGUCGUGUGA